CUUCAUGCAGUCUGCAGAGGUGCAUUGUGGGAAACUCCCAAGUUUCCCCCCCUCCCUCUGCCUGCCUCCCUCCCUCCUCUCUGCGCAAGAGCCAGCUCCCAAGGUGUGACUGGUCCGGCCGGGGGACAGAGGUGCUGUACCAUGUCCAGAUAGGACACUGCCGGCGUAACAAGCAUCCCAAGACAGCCUCUCCCAGGCCUUGAGCUCGGGUGGCUCCUCUGAUUCCUGCAGCAGCUGGGCGAGGGAGAAGAGCUGGGAUAGCCCCACGUAUCCAGCCGCUGCCCAUAGCACCCCUAGGAUGGAUUCCAAAGGCAACGUCCGAAGCGGAAACAAACCCGACGCCAAGGCCGCCAGCUCUGGGAAGCCAGAAAAACCCAACCCCGGGCCUGCCACGAAUGCAGACAAGAAGGAGGCCCCCAAAGAGCAGCCUGCUCCUGCCACGGCCACCAAGAAGGCAGGAGGUGACGCCGCCAUCGCCAACAACCACAGCAACCUGAAGCCCAGCCCUGCCGGCACGGAGCCGCAGGAGGCCAGCGGGCAGUCCCCUGACUCUGACCACAAGGGAAACAGCUCCGAGGAGUCCCCAGGCAGCUUCUUUGACAACAUGAAGCCCUUGAUCAUCGUCGGAGGAGUGGCGGUGGCCGCGCUGGCUGUGAUUGUGGGAGUGGCAUUCCUAGCCCGGAAAAAAUGAAGACCGAGACGGGGUGGGGAUGAGAAACCCAGCCCAGCUGUACAGCUCCUUUUGAGACAAAUGCAUGCAGAGAAAUUCUAUACAUAGCUAUAUAUAUAGAGAGCGAGCUAGAUAGGCCAACAACAAACACCAACUGCAACUCCAGGGUCUUGUUCAAGACGACUGUGCCAGUCUGACCCGCUGUGGGUAACUCCAUGCACUCAGUGUGUUCUUUCAUGUAAUAUAUCUUGGCUUAUACCGCUGUGUAUAGAUUACAGCUUCUCCUGAUUGGUGUAAAUGACGGUGUCCCCUCCCCUCCCCUGCUGUCCUCCCUGGGAGACACCCCCCCUCCUCCUUGCAGUCCCGUUUUCAAGUCCAAAGUGUUCUACGUCCCAUUCAGAGUCCCAAUUUGUGUUUUGGUUUCUGUUUGGUUCUGUUUUAACUUGGGCUGUGGUAAAGAAGAUGGAAGGGGAGUGCUAAGGCUCGGCUCUCCUGUCACGCUGGGCUGGGGGUGUUUUUCCAGCCCCCCUCAGGACAAGGGAAGCGCAGGGGCAGUGGCUGGGAAGAGGCAGCUCCCUGACCCAACAGCCAUGGGCGAUCCCCAGUUGGUGUCUAUGUAUCUGCCCCUCAUCAUCCCACUUUGGAACACCCGCCUGGGAAGUGCUCCGGAGGAACCAGGGUGGCUGCGGCGUGGCAGAGCCCAGUGUGAGCCUGGGAUGUCACAUCAGGUCACUCCUGUGGCUGAGCUGCCAGCAGGACGGUGACCAGAGGGGCUGUGCUGUGGCCCAGAGAAGUCCCAUUGCAGCCUCCAGGAUCCCAGGGCUUGCCAGGGUCAUGUGGGCAGCGUUUGGAAUAGAGAGACUUUGUUUUGGAUCUAGUAUUUCCUAAAGUUAGGCUGGGCUUUGCAGGGUGCUGUGGGCUCAGUCCAAGCUCCCUCGAGGUUGGCUGGACUAUUUGUGUUCAUUUUUUUUGGGCUUUGGAUAAGGCCUUUCACUGGAUUUUUUUUUCCCCGCUGAUGGCUGUGGUCUCUCAGCACAUGCGAAGACAGGAAAAGGGGGAGACAUGAGCUGGUGUUAGGGCAGAGAGGACCUGGGACCCCAUGAGAGUAACACUAACCUACCUGCUUUAUGCCAGGGAAGCCCCCUUCAAGGGCACUGGAGUCUGUCCUGGGUGGAUUUCUUGCCUCCCUCUUGUGACAGUAGUAGCAGGGAUUUGAAACUCAUCCACAUUUUGGAAAUGGAAACAAAUUCCCAGCCCUCAGGAGCAGCCUGAUUUCAUGGGUGAGUACCUUGGCUCUAAAGCCAGACCUUGUGAGGGGGAGGAGAGAGGGUGUUUAGUGCUUUGGCCAAUGCUCAGCACUAAACAGCAAGAGGUGAGGAGCUCUGCCUCUGAAAGCUUCCAUUAGGCUUCUGUUGGCUGCUGCAAAACAGUGUUACAAGAAUCCCUUACAUUUUGGGUUGAAGUGGGGUCAGAGAUUAGAUGAGGUCCAGUGGGAGCUCAGCAGCAGCCACAGCCCAUGGGCAGGGCAGGAGUGAUGAUUAGAGAGGGGCUGUGACACAGUGGGGUGAGCUCUGUUACAGAGCCCAUUGUGCACCUUUAACUGAGGUGGAUGGAUGGAUGGAUGGAUGGAUGGAUGGACGGAUGGACGGAUUCAGGGGCUGCAGGGAUAGAGGGGGGUGUGCAUUCAUUCCUCAGGUCCUGCCUAUGCAGUGUCUGCCUCUGGCACAGUCCCUGGAUGGGAUGGUGUGGGGGUAUAACCUGACCUGGCAGUUCUGCUCUUGGCUCGUGUCUGUCUUAUUUACCUCCAAAUCUGACCUGCUGAAUGCACAUGGGCUUGGAAUGCAUGGCUACUCCUGUGGUGAGCUCAGAAAAUAUUCCCAAAGGUGUGUGGCCUCUGGGAAUAUCAGACACUGUAUCCUGGUGCAGAUGGAAGUUGGUGCCUCCACCUUUGCCAGCACAGAGACAGGAGCAGGUGUGUUGGGCUCAUAGGAGUUUUGGGAAGCAGGGCUACAGCUCCAGGUGAGAUCCUGGUAGCGUAAAACACUCUUGGCAUGAGCUGUGGAUGUGUUCCCAGCAGCAGUGUGUCACUUAUAGCCUGGGGGAAGGGUUAGAAGCAGGAGGGUCCUCCUCUCCCCUCAGAAGCACAACUUUGCGGGGAAAUUUUAACAGAGUUUUGCUAACAUUGCUCGGAAGGAGGAGAAAUCACCCCCUCCUGCUCUGGUUCAUGUUUUGCCAUGUAAGGUAGUGAUUUUCAGACAGUGACUUCUGUUUUCAAGAGAUGUUUCCACCUUUCCUGCCCCCUCCCUCCCUCUCAGCUCUGGCCUAGGAUUGUUUUCAGCAGCGUGUGACAUUCAGCACAGCAUCUAUCUAUUCUGCCCUGACCAGCAUGGAUAGAUCAGGGAGGAAAGUGAAGCACUGUUCCACUCAAGUCUCCAGUCUUCCUUUCUAAAAUGUUUUUAUUUCCUUGUCUUCACCUUUGGCAACAGAAGAGGGGAAAAACAGUCCUCAGCCAAUGGCCUUAACCUUUUCUCCAUCUCCAAACCCUGCCUGCCCUUAGAGCACUCGGAUGCGGUGCCACCAAUUUCAUCCAGAAACACCCCAGAGGUGGUGAUGGGGCUGCAGCUCCUCGUCAGGCACGGCGCUCAUUCGAGCCCUCCCUGCUCUGCAAACCUGGUGUGUUCUGUUUGUGAGGUUUUCCACUUCCUGUGAUCAGUCUGCUGUCGAGGUUCAGCACCUGGAACCCACCUGUUUGGCAGUGUGGUUUGGAAAACACCUGUCUGUGUCUGUGUGUGUGUGCCUUGAAGCACAUCCUCUGUGUGUGUGUGUGUGUGUGUACAAACCUUUGUGUUGCAUUGCUGCAGUCUGGGAGGGGGAGACAAUCCAAGCUGGAGAUGCCCCUUCCCUCAUUCCCUGCAUUCACACCAAGUGUCCAUGAUGUCUCUUCUGUGCCAUUCCCACCACGCCAUGCAGCUCCUGAAUUCCUUUCCAGUCCUGGUUUCUCCUCAGUGCAAGGGAUGUCUGGCUGGUGAAGUGCUGAGUGUGUGGUGUGCUCGGAGCCCCGCGCCCCCGCUCCCCCCCGGGCUGCCCUGUGGGCUCUUUGCUUUAGAAUGAGGCACUUUUAGACUCUCCUGGACUGUGCUGUAGCGCUUUUCCAAGCGUGGCUCCAGUGUUGAGCCGGGCAGAUCCAGCGUAGAUGCCACAGCGCGCCGCAGCCCUGACUUGCAAACAGCUCCUGUCCUGCCUCCCUGUGCCAGGCUGUGCAGUGCUUUUGUUCUGAGCCAAAAAUGUCCAGCGAGCACCAGGCCGAGGGAGCAGAUGCCCCUCUCUCAGCCCCAAAGCUGUGGAAGCAGAAGGCUUCAAUGACUGACCUCGCUGUGCUAAAUAAAUAGUUGUCUUUUCUCGUACUGAGCACACGCCGUUAUUUGCUUGAUGUCCUUCUUUGUGUGGUUUUUGUGGUAUGAAGUCCUUCCAGUGACAUCUCCAUGGGGAGAGUGAAUUAACACUUAAAACUAAUCAGAGUCUGUGCUUGGGCUUUGAAGAGAUCUAGAUUGCUAGUUUACUCUUUUGAUCAAGUCGAUAAAUUAAAUAUUGGCAAAACUGGUUUCAGACCUUUCAGCUUAUCACCAAAACUCUCGAUUGAAUCACUGCACCCGAUCUCAAUCUCUUUUUAGGGAAUCAUAAAUUUUAGUUGAAUAUAAAGAUGUCAUUUUGCUGUCUCGGACAACUCAGUCGAAGGUUUUUGCUGCUUCUAUUUUAAGAGAGAUGAAAUGGAUUAUGCUUCUGCUUCCUCUUCCUACUGAUUUAAUACCCUGUAGAUAAGUCCUGUUAUUCCUAACAGUGCUGCAGCAGGAUGAAAACAAAUCUGGCAGCCAGGGGAUUGUGCAGCAGCAUUUUGGAGAGGGUAAGAAUGCAUUCCUGUUUGCCUGGGGCUCCCUUAAAGCACUCAACAGUCACUUGCCCUGAAGCAUUUCUGAGGGGGCUGGGUGAUAAACUAAACAUCCAUUUGUGUGUCUGAUGGACUAGAGUUUGAAGGCUGAGCCAUAGAAUACUGAAAACAAGGGGAAUUUUUCCACUGGCUUCACCAUGCUCUGGCCUUUGAGUUCUUGUUGGCACCAGGGAUAUGAUCACAGGUCAUCAUAAAAUCAUCUCAAUUGCACAUUUACUUUUCAAUUGACACAAAUGUUAGACUGAGUGUAAGGGAAGUCUCUUCUGUGAAGCAGCUCUGCUUAUACUGGCAUCAGGAUUUGUGUAUGAACAACAGCAGUGCAACCAAACAGUCCCUGGAGCUGGUGAGAGAUGAUUUAUGCCUUAAAAUAUUCCUUACUUUUUCUGGAAAUGCUACUGGGGUUUAGAAUUCAGCGGCCUUCUAACUAUUCUUAGAAUUGGUUGAAAAUAACAGUGCUGAAGAUUGAAGAGGAAAAUGAUUCUUUGAGAAGUAAACCAAAAAAGGAAGGCAAUGAAAAAAUAUGUUUGAAAGGUGAAAUUCUUGGAAUUUCAAUCAGCUCCAUGGAAAGCUUCAAGUCGGUGAAGAUUCUGAGAGGGUGCAAGAAACACAGCAGAGAAAUGGAGAGAAAAAGCACUAUUUAAUUAUCUUAAUAGCUUUGGUAAGGACAUGCUAACUUUUAUACCCUCUUCUCCCUUUUUCUUUCCUCAGAAAAAGGCAAAAAUGACGAGCUCUGGUGCCAUGCAAAUUAACCUCUGCUAAUUGCCUUUUCCAGAUGAAUUCCUGCUGGCUCUGAGCAAUGUUAAAGGGUUAGAAAAAUACCUGAAGUUUUCUAUAACCAACUUUGCAUGAUUCAGGGGAAUUGCCUGGACAUCAGGAGAGGCUGUGUUCCCUUUUCAUGUUAUGACAAGGACUGCAAAUGCAGCCUGCUUGCACUUCCAUCCUGGUCCAUCCUCCAUGCUGGAGCAGGAAUGCUGAUUCCCUUCCCAGACCUUGCUGUGGUGUCAUUCCCUUCACCACGAAGUUGGGAGAGGUCUGUAGGGGCAGGAAGCAGCAUCAUAUCACAUUCAUGAGCUGGCUGCAGUUCUGCUGCACAAGUUGGGCACUUCCCACCACAGAGAGGAAUUGGCUUUGAUCUGGAGCAUAGCAGUUCUGUAUUCCAGUAAAUUCUCCCUGCAGGACAUUGGAAUUGGGAAUAUUUCCUGCUAUUUACACUGGAGGUAUUUGGUCCUUUACUCUUUUGGGGAGAAAUCUGCUAAUGCUGAGGAUUUGUUGGCACAUUUUGAGACUUAUGAAUGAUGCUUGGCUGUGAGCCCCAAAAAGCCUUGGAGCCUGUGCCCCCAUCCAGCAACCCUUGGGGGGGUUUAAUCCACCAAAUAAAGUGGGUUUAUGAUGACUUCUUCCUCUUCUUUUUGAGACCAUCAAUAACCUGGUUUGCUUUUGAAUGUCCUAAUUCCUGGGAUGUCUGUUCACACCAGAUCUUCAACUGCUACAAAUUAUGGGGUUCCAUUGGUUUCUGAUCUGAUUCAUUGCUUGUUCUUUCCACCUUCUUUGGCCACUGCUCUGUAUUCCCUUUUCUUUCCCUACUUUCUUCCUGGGCAGCUCUGCAGAUGUGGCCUCUCCAUAGCCCAAGGCUGGGGCAGAUUUUGGGUUGUCUAAGGCAGGUUUUAGGUGGCCCCCCCAAAAAUACAGGCGAUGCUGGGCCCCCAGGCUGUGUGUCACAGCAGGGAAUGUGUGGAGCUCUGAUCUGCCCUCACCUUUGAGGCUCUAAUUCUCCAAGAGGCUGAGUGCUCGUCUGCCAUAGGAUUUGUGAUGGAUGACAAGUCCCCAGGAAGGAAGGUCCCUUCCUGUCCUUCCCUGUCAGUCAGGUGUGGGGUGCUCAGGCUGCUUGGGAGGGGCUGACAUGCUGUGAGCACACACUGCACUUGGCUGCAGCCAGAGCACCCUCAGCCCUCUGAAGCAGCAAAACCAGAGGGAAAAGAGAAGUUUUGAGGUUGAGGACAUGUAUUUCUGCUGGCCUGGAAGGAUCAGCUGUUGUGCCAGGGGUGAGGGUGCAGGAAGUGCAAGGAUUGUCUCAUCUCAAUGAGCUGAUCAGGUGUCACUGGGUGAUAGGGAACUGUGGGACGUCCGGGCCUCUAAAAUUCACAUUCCAUUCAAUUGACCAUAAAAGGCCUCAAAUUCCUGUGAGAGAUCAGAGCCUUUGGCUUUCUAAAUUCAUGAGUUUGGAUCUACCUUGUGCUACAGCUCUGCUCCUUCCUCUGGACAGUGUGUGCUCGGAUAUGCAGCACUCUGGGACUUGUGCCCUCUGCUCUUUAAUGCUCUUCAAAUUAAUUUUUUUUUUCCUGCUGAAAAGGAAAACUUGGGUUAAACAGGCUUUGGACUGGCUGUUCCCAUUUCUCUUCUGGUUGUUCCCAGCUUGCAAUGCUCAAACAGUUCCAUCACUUUUCCAUUCCUCAGCCCCAGUGCAGCAUCCCAAGCCUGAAUGCAUAGGUUCUUUCUGUCUGUGUGAUGAUGCUGCAGCACCAAAGCUCCCUCCAGGACAAGAGGAAUCUUUAUUCACCUUUCCAACAGUCACAUCCUGCAUCAUAUCCCUGGUUCUGCCAUGGUUGCUUCAAGCAGCCAAGCUUCUGGGGCAAGCUGAUGAGAACAAGGGUGCCACAAAAUUUUGUUUGGUUAAAAACCAACCAACCAACCAACCAACCAAUAUGGGAAUAAUUUGGCUUUACUGAGUUUUGAGCAGCCCUUCAUAACCCUGGUGCCUUUUCCCAGGACUGUUUCAACUGAAGCCUUUAAAAGUUGCAGUUUCACCUCCCCAGGAAACCAACUCUCUUCCAGUGCAGGUUGGCUAUCAGCUUGUGGAGGAACUAAAAUUUUAGGAAGGGAAAUUGAAGGUCAGAUUACAGGGGAUUUUUAUUUUGGUUUUGGUUUGUUUGGAUUCUGUUACUUCUCCAGGGACUGAUCCAAAGCCCUCAGAAGUCAGACUGAAAUGCCUGCUGUUCCUUUGGAAGCCUCAGGCACCUUUCCAAUGGCCUUGGUGGGUUUUGAGUCAGCUCCUGAGUGUGCUUUCCAAACGAUAGGAAUUUUCCAAGUGACACCUUGAUUUCUUCCCUGUACAACCAGACCUGCUUGUCACUUACACAUCUUUACCUGUGUUCAACAUACAGGUUUGGUUUUUUUUUUUUUGCUCUCAGAAACAAUAUGCUGCUAGACACAUUUCCUGGAGGGAAAUGGACACCUACCUACACACAAAGCUAUCCAGCUAAUUUAUACCUUGUUGAAUUUAUAAUCUUGUCUAUGCUUCUAUGGACACUUUGUAUGGGCUGCAGCUCAAAUCCUAAAAUAGUCAAGAAUUUUUUCCUUUCCCAUAUAGUAUUCUAUUUACUUUGACUUUGAAAACAAAAAAAGCGUAUAAAUGCAAUAAUGCAGGUAGACUAGAAAUACUAGAUUGAAAAUUUAAAGUAGUUUAGCUUGUCCCAUUGUGACUGACAGUGUUGUACGACACCCAACGCUGUACCCUGACAUUUUCCAGGCUUUCUCCGUAGCUGAAUCUAGUAUUAGCUUUGGAAACCCAUUGUGUGAGUGGUGGGUGGAUGGGUCGGAAUCGUGUGCUCUCUACACACUGUAUGUUACUCACAUCACAAGCUGUAUGGCCACUCCAUAUGCUGUGAAACUGUAAAUGAUUCCCAAAUACACCUGUAACUCUUACCAGGAUUGUGAGAAAUAAACUAUAUAUAGAUAUAUAUACACA